AGCCGUUGUGCAAUUUGUGUCACAGAAUUUGGAGACAGCAUAAGUUUGAAAGUGAAAUAAUAAUGGUAGGAUUGAUGGGUUGGGGAUCAGUUCCAGUGCAAGGUUGGAGGAAAGGGCCCUGGACUCCUGAAGAGGACAAGCUUCUUUCUGAAUAUGUCAGCUCCCAUGGCGAGGGAAGAUGGAGCUCUGUUGCUAGAUGUUCAGGGUUGAAUAGGAGUGGCAAGAGCUGUAGGUUAAGGUGGGUGAAUUACCUGAGGCCUGGUCUUAAGAGAGGCCAUAUAACCACAAUGGAAGAGGGCAUCAUCAUAGAACUGCAUGCCAUUUGGGGUAACAAAUGGUCCACCAUUGCCAGAUACUUACCAGGGAGAACGGACAACGAAAUAAAAAACUACUGGAGAACCCACUUCAAGAAAAACCAAAAACAACAAAAGCCAAAAGCUCAACAACAUCUAGAACCAAAACUGCAGCAGCAGCAGCAACAGGAAGAUCAUGAGAUCAAAUUGGAGAAUGGAAAAAUGGGUGAAGCACAAGGGAAGCAAGAGGCGAUUUCCAUGGAGGACCAAUGCUUGCCUGUGAUGUAUCAAGAGAUUGACGAUCAUCAAACAAGGCAACAGGUGGCCUCCAUGUACCCCACUAUACUGGAAGAUCAGUGCUUGCCUGUGACGUAUCAAGAUCAUCUGCAGGGAGAGGAUCAAGGCCUGUGGGGUGGCUUGUGGAACCUGGACGACACUAGAGAUCACACUAUUUCUGGCGGAGGGAACUCAUCACAAAACUAUUACAUUGGAGGCUACAUUUUCUAAGCAUUUCAGCUAAAUUAUUUAGUUCUAACUUAUUAAAGAAGUCGACAACUAUAUGUUAGACCAUUGGUUUGCAAGUAUUCGUAUAAAUCAUCUUAUUUUGGACUCUAGGCUUUGGAUGAAUAAUAAGAUCAUAAUUUA